GACUUGAAUGAUAUCGACAAACAACACACAUCAACUCGAAAAAAAAAUAACCUAACAAAAGUGAUUAGCAAGUUCGAUUCAGAUGCAAGGAACCUCGCCCUUGAACCCAUUUGCUCACCCACCAGAUCAAUCCAACUCAAGUCAGCAACCACCACCUUCUCACCAAAGAAAUUGGAAUAACAACCAUCAAAAUCGGCGCGGACAACACCAUCAACCGUAUCGCUCCCAGAAGAAUCCUCGGAUGCAUAACACAUUCAACAAAAACUCGCAGAGACAGAAUUCUCAUCAUAAUAAUCAACAACUUAACAGAGGAGGAAAUGAAACAUGGUUCAAGACUUCAAUGCUCCAAGACCCUUGGCUGCCGCUCUAUCACAAAUAGAUCUCAUACCUUGUGAACCACCGCUCAAACUAUAUCACCAUCAAUCAACUUGAUUUCCUACUGACUCAGUGCAUUGAUGUUUUGUGCAACGGCUCUGGUAGAUUAAAUCACUUAUAUGUAAAAAACAAUGAAAAACGGAUGAUGUUUUUCGAUUUCUCCUGUUUUUUGUAGUUGUUGCCGUCAUGCAAUUCAGUCUUUGUACAGCUCGUUUACGUUAAUCAUCAUUCGAGCUUUCCAACAUUGGCCUUGAUAACAGUCUGAAUGCCAUGCGAGUAAGGAGAAUAUA